ACCUGAAUUAGUUCCGCCAUUGGAGUGUCAGACACAGCUCCGUUCUUACAGCGUCCAGCUCUUCGAUUGCUCUGCGCGAUCAUGGCAACUCUACCAGACGAGGCCGUCAAACUUGAGGCUAUGCGAAAAGAAGACUCGUCUUGGCACCCUAGCGUGGUCUCUUUGAGUUCAGAUACGUCUACUGGAGUUGGUCUUAUUGUAAGCUUUGGAAGUCAAGAUCCGGAAGACAUCAUAUUCACUGAGGAAGAAGCUCUGAGACGUAUUCGUUUCCGUUCCAUUCCUCUUCGAGGUGAUGAUUGUACUCAUAUUAAAGAAGGAGAACCUGUUCUUGCUGCUCAUAGGACAAGAUUCAGGAGUCUCUUCUUUGAUGCCAAGGUUGAAAAGGCAUGUAGGGUAAGGCACUCAAAGAAGGUAUACUGUAGAUGCACUUUUGAGAUCAAAUGGCUACCUCCUCAGUUUAAAGGAGAAAUAGCAACUGUCUCAUCUAGUGCAAUCAUGAGACUGGAUAGAAACAGCAUUGACACCUAUCCAGCAGUUGCUGCAUUCUUGAACUCAGUAAAAGCCAAAAAUGGUUCAGGUGCAUCUACAUUUCUGUCCCUUUUUGAAGACAUGAAUUGUGAUAUGAACCUUGAUGGAUUGCUGGAAAAGCAAAUGGAGGAGAUUAACCAUUUAGUUGGUAUGUCUAAAAAGGGAUGUCCGGAAGAGAUUCUGUUGGGACAUGAAAGAGAUUAUCCUAGAGGAUCAAUACAGUGCAAAUUUGUUACUGAAUCACAUCUCAACUUUCAGGAUGUUCAAGUUCCCCAUGACCUAAAAAAUUUGAGAAGGUCCACUAGAAGCCAGAGCAAACUAAAGAUAGAGAUUGAGGGCAAUAAUUCAUCCCUUGUUCAGUCCAUUCCAGUGGAUGCUUUUGGGAACAGGUCCCAUCUCAGUCCUCUAGCUGCUCGUGCAGCCCUGGCUUCACUAGUAUACCAAUUGCCCCAAAAGCCAUUGUCUGUCAGCUGCAUGGAGAAGGAAGACUUCACUAAUGUUUCUGAAAAAACUCCUGAGAAGCAUGUUAAUAUGGUGUCUAUGAAUGUAAAUAAUGUGGUCAUUAAUCCUGAUGUCUGUAUCAUAGAAAAUGUAUCCAUGGCGGGUGGGUUUUCAGAUGUAGAAGCUCGUGCAGAUCGAGUUAUUCCAAAACCUGCAAAGAAUGUAAGAUUACCCAAUUCUGGUAGAAGGAAUGGUUUGAACAAACCUCAGAUGGAGGAAUUUCCCGGAAUGCUGACAAAGCAAGUGAAGCAUGGAUAUGUGCUGGAUGACCUAGAAGAGAGUCUUACUUGUAAAGUAAGUGCACGGAAGCUUAAUUUCCAUGUCAAUAUGACUAGGUUGACUCGUUCAGGCAUCCAUGAAGUUAUGGGAGAUUCAAAUAAAGUUGAGGUGAAGUCCUCUGCAGAUGAUAUGAAGUCAAGUAGCCCGGCAACUACAAAAAGGUUGACUCGUUCAACAAUUGAGAAAGAAAAAGGGAAUUUAACCAUGAAAGUCAAACAAGACUUGCAAAAUGGGAAACCUACUCAAUAUGAACAGCCAGACUCCACUGAGAUUCCUGUUAAGCGGAAGAUCGGUGAAACCACAAAGAAGAAAUCAUGCUCUUCCCCCAUUGAUACUGAACUGGACUUAUCCCUGGUCCAAGAUAGUAAAAAGCAAAGGCGCUGCAGUGCUAUUGUGACUACUAAAAGAGAUGAAGGUAAACUUUCAACUGAUACUGGAGGUCAACAAGAUGAGAAGAAGAAACCCACAUAUUCUAAAAAGAAGCCUGACUUGCGGUUCUCCCACCGUCUUAGGUUCCUCCCUCGCACACGUUCACAAGUGAAGAAUAGAGCAGAUUAAGGAUGAACAAUGUAAUCGGGAUGUUCAACCACAUGAACUUUUGGUCCUUUUCCUGUGCACAGGUUAGUGCACCUUCACUUACAAUUAUUAAUCAAGGAUGAAUCCUUUUGACCCUGAUACUGAUCAUAAAAAGGUCAUUAAUCUGUUGAAUCUGACUGUUGACAGAGGUAAUUAUCAGGAACAGCCAUUUUUUUGUUAUGUACUGAUCCUCCAAGCAUGUAAGAAUGGCAAGUUUUUGGGAGGCCUUGUAUUGCACUAAGCAUCCUGUGUCACCAGACUCAAAAAUUUUGCCAUAAAAUUGUGUAAGCAUU